CGCAUUGAAUUGAAAUAAAUUUUAGUUUUGAUUUCAGCUUUACCCUAAAACACCGAAAGAAAUCGUGCCCACCGGUAUUAGUUUGGUAGAGACGACUAGAAAGUUUAAUUGUGCAAGAAAAGACUUGAAAACUGAAAAAUAAACCUUGAGAAAGGCAAGGAGCUGCCGUCCCGAGAAAUUGGGUCUUUGCUCGCAUAAAAAUCCGGCUUAAGGUAAAACUGCUGCCGAAGCCCAAAAACAUUCAGAAACUAGAGAGCCAGAGAGUUGCUCCCAUUUCGCAGCCUUCCUCUUGUUUGCUCUCCCAGUUCCUCUUCUCUCAAGAUGGAGGGUGUUAGAAUAGCAAGGUGUAGGUAUCGUGCUGUAACUAUCCUGAUUGCGUUGGCUGAACAUACUAAAUAUGGGGAUAUUGAUAAAGAGAUAUGUUCAAGGUUUAAGGACCUGAAGGCGGGGAGUUUUGAGCUGACAUAUUCUCUUCCCGAGCAUCCUUCUUGUUUGCUGCAAUCAGAUAUGGAUGUCACUUUGAUGCUAAUGUGUUUAUCGAUGUUGAAGAUUAGUUUUGUUGAUUUACUGGUGAAGGAUGUUGUGAUUUCAAAUAAUGAAGAUAGUGAUCUUACGGCAUCUAAUGACCAAGCUUCUAAUCGUGCAGCUACUAAUCAUGUAGCGUCUUCUUCAUGCAUGGUAGAAAAUUGUGCUAUUGACGAGAAUGAACAUUUGGAUAACUCCGGGUUGCAUGAAAGCAAUAAAUAUCUGUCUCAGGGUUGGAAAGAGUAUAUUAGUCAUGAAGGCCAGAAGUUUAUGGGUGGUGUAGACGAAUUUCGUAGCAAGUUGCGUAAAUAUGCAGUUGGGAUGGGAUUUAGUUUUGUUUAUCGAAGCAAUGAUAAGGCACGGGUUAUUGCUGAAUGUUCUAAGAAGAGUUCAGAUGGAUGUAAGUGGCGUGUUUGUGCUUCAGUAUGUCGAGCUAAUGGUUUUUUCUACAUAAGGACUUUAAAUAAUGUGCACUCGUGCACGGGCAAUGUCCAUGAGCAGAAUAGUGCGAUGAUAACUUCAAAGAUGAUAUCUUCUCUUUUAGUCGAUCAAAUCCGUGAGAAACCGUCAAUUAAGCCUAUAGAUAUUGUCAAGGAUGUUAAGCAGAACUAUGGCCUUGAUAUUUCUUACUAUAAUGCAUGGCAAGCGAAACAAAUGGCUAAGAGUGAGGUUCAUGGUGAUGAAUCAUUGUCUUAUAGUCAUUUAGCUUGGUAUCGUGAUGCUUUAAUAUCAACCAAUUCUGGGUCAUACUGUGUUGUAGAGUGUGAUCCAAACACUUCGCGCUUUCGGAGGCUUUUUGUUUGUUAUGGUGCCUGUGUUGAGGGCUUUCAGUGGUGCAGGCCUUUGUUGUUCAUAGAUGAAACUAAUCUGAAAAGCAAGUACAAAGGGCAGCUAAUUGGUGCGACAGGAAAGAAUGGAAACCAAGGAUCUUUCCCCUUUGCUUUUGCUAUCGUGGACAAAGAGAACGAGGAAAACUGGAGAUGGUUCUUUGAAAAUUUAGCUAAAGUUUUGACUCCGCAAGGUAGGACCGUUACAUUUGUAAUUGAUCAUAACAAUGUAAUUGAUCACAACAAAGAUGUGAUUGAAGCUAUUUCAAACAGAUUCCCAACAUUCCAUCUUGCAUUUUGUUUGAAGAAUUUGAAAGAGAACCUUGUAUCUAAAUAUCACUCUGGCUAUGGUAAAUUUUUCCGGGAUGGAAUUUGUGAUCUUUUUAUGAAAUGCGCUUAUGCUCCAACAGAAGCUGCUUUUGAGCUAAGCAUGAGAAAUUUAAAGGACGAAGGUGGUGCUCCGGCUAAGACUUUUUUAGAAACUUUUCCUGAAGAAAAUUGGUCAUAUGCUUAUUUUAAGGGCAAUAGAUAUGGCGAGAUGCAUAAGAAUGUUUAUGAAUCAUUUCAUUCUUGGAUUUCGGAGCUUUAUAUGAUGCCCAUCUGUCAAAAGCUUGAGGGAAUCAGGAUUAAACACAUGGUAAUGAUGUCUGAAAGGAGUCGUGAAGCAGAACAAUGGCGCUCUAUUCUCUGUCCUGAAAUGGAGAAAACCUUGAAAGACAUGUUGAUGGUUGGUCGGCAUUGGAAUGUUAGCAGUUCUAGUGAUUCUGUUUUUGAGGUUCAUGCUGAUGUUUCUGUUGUGGUUGAUUUGGAUAAUCAUUUUUGCUCCUGUCAUGAGUGGCAACUAAAGGGCUUUCCCUGUGCUCACGCGCUUGUUGCUGUUCAACAAAGUUCUGGUUGCGUGUAUGACUACAUUGAUGAUUACUUCAAGGUGAGCCACUAUAGAAGUUCAUAUGCAAGUCCUAUCUGUCCCGUAACUGACAUUAAGGAUGCGGUGUACGAGGGUUCCGAAGAUGUUAUCCUACCUCCGGGUAAUGGGAAGGGUAGACCGAGGACUAAAAAGAUGAAAACUUCUGGUGAAGGUCCAAGGGCCAUUACAUGUGGUCAGUGUGGAGUGGUUGGACGGCAUAAUAAGAAGACGUGUCCAGAAAAUAGUUGAUUCUUUUACAGCAUUUUGUUGCAGUGUACAAAAGAAUUUAUGCUGGGUUUUUGUACUCUUUCUUUUCCAAUUUUGAGUGGUUCGGAUUGAAACUGCCAAACGAUUACUGAAGCAAAAGGUAAACACAAAGCUAACAUUAGAAUUAUUGAUUGCACUUUCUCACUUACAACCUGGCUUUUUGUUUUACAAACCGAGAAACAUGGGCACGACCUGUUUGGUUGCUGUAUGAAGAACAUGGGAUGCCCCUGACUAUACCUUGUGUUCCUGAUCUAUAUAGGUUUGAUUCUGCAUGUUUACUUCUUUGCUUAAGUUCUUAGCAUUGAAUUUGUAGGUGUCGUUGUUGUUUAAUGCAUAUGUUACUCGAUUC